UUCAGAAUAAACUAUUUGAGUAUCCACUCUAAUACGACAUGGAGCUGGGCAAUACUCGAAUCAUGACAGAGUGUUGUGAAUUUAUAGACCUUUAAUAUCUAUAUUGCACGGAUGAAGGAUAAAUCGAUCCGUCCAGUAAAUUCAUCCACUAUCAUAUAUCACUCUUUUUUUACAUUCUUUCUAUUUUGAAUUUCAUGAGUUGUAUUCUAUAAAUCAAACUAUCAAAGUCAAAAUUAUUGGGAAGGAAAGUCGACUUGCUUCAAAUGAGCAAAUACAGAUGUAUGAAAUUGUUUUAUUUGAGGAUUCAAUUUUGGGUACAUCUGUAUUUCUUGUAAAAGGAAUCUUUUUACGGCAUCAUUAUAUUUACAUUACAUAUGAAGGAACACUUAUGGAGGAACACUUAUGGCAACGAGCAUAUUACUAGGCAAAUAAUUUUCUAGCAAAUAGAAUCACAAUAAUUGUGAUGCAUAUCUUAUUCCUGAAUCAACAAUUAUGCUGCAUGUUCCUUUUCCCAAUCAAAUUAAGAAGUUAUAAUUUCAAGCACCAUGACUGCCCUUAUAUAAACCAACCAAACCAUGAAGGAUUCUCUGCAAGCAUUCACAAAACUUUUGGUACGAAACUAGUGGGUCGUCCAAGAAGGAGGAGAUAGAAAUCAUUAAAAAAAAACUGUAGCGAUGAGGUUGGCUUUCUUUGUUGCUCUUUUAGUUUUCGCAACAGGUGGAAAGAAUAUUGGAGUAGAAAGCAGAACAGUGAACACAAACAACGAACCUUUGUCUUGCGUUACGCCAUGUCUACCACCACAUUGCGGUUGUGUGAGGGGGAUAUGCUUUUGCAAUGAUGCUUAUGACCAACACUCACUUAUCGAUGUUGGCCACUUGAACCCAACUUCCCCGGAGGCCCAUGGGCAAAGGAGUUAAAAUAGUGUGACAUUAUGUAACAUGCUAUGUUUUGCUGUUGUCAUGAAAGUAUCGAAGUGACAAUAUCAGAAUUACAAAUAGACAGUUUAACACAAAUGCAAUUGUUUCGUCGGGCAGGAAACUCAUCUUUAUGUUCAAUUUAGUCAGACUUCUUCUCUAUAAUUUAAAGAAAAUUUAUGAAAUUGA